AAUACCAUCGCAGCCCGCUGGGCUAUAUAAAGGAGGUGAUGCAACCUCGCGGGGAGCCAGAGGUUCGGAGCGGCGCUGGCAGCGAGGGAGCCGAGGCUGAAACGGCUGUCCAGCGCCCGGGAGCAGCGACACCCGUCUUACCCCGACCGGAGCUCAAAAGAGAACUCCACACACAUUUUAAUUUUAUUUAAAAAAAAAAACUUUUCUUGAACAAUCUCACAUUUGAGAGUUUUCUCCCUCUCUCCUCUUUCGUCUCCUGAGUCUCCAAACACUGGGAAGAAAAAGAAUUAAAGAAGAAGAGGUGAGGAACAGCAAAAUGAUGCUCCAACACCCAGGUCAGGUGUCUGCUUCAGAAGUCAGUGCCUCUGCAAUGGUUCCCUGCCUCUCUCCUGUAGUAUCUCUGGGUUUUGAAGACUUCACAAAUCUAACUCCUUUAGUGAAAGAAGAGUUAAGAUUUGCCAUCCAGCAUAAGCGCCAUUCACAUAGGAUGUCCUCCACAUUGGACACAGUAAUGGUUUCUGAUAGACCUGGUGAAAUGUCUGUUUUGAAAGCAGAGUGUGCACCUGGAGAAGAUGAAAGGAAAAGGAGACGGAGGGAAAGGAACAAGAUUGCAGCAGCAAAGUGUCGAAACAAAAAGAAGGAAAAAACAGAAUGCCUGCAGAAAGAAUCUGAAAAGUUGGAAACCAUAAAUGCAGAACUGAAGGCUCAGAUUGAGGAGUUGAAGAAUGAGAAGCAGCAUUUGAUCUACAUGCUCAAUCUGCACAGGCCCACGUGCAUCGUCCGAGCCCAGAAUGGGAGGACACCAGAAGACGAAAGGAACCUCUUCAUUCAACAGAUCAAAGAAGGGACCUUGUAAGGCUAAGUGACAAUGAUGAUGCUAGAUGCCCUUAGGGCAUGCCUUUAACACCAAAAUAUAAAAUCCCCAGCACACCACCCCAAGCCAGAAGCCAUAGAGAAGGUAUCUUGGUAUUUGUGGUCUCCCAUUAGUCAAGAAAAAGGCAGAGGAGAUGACUCGCACUGCUGAGGAGAAAAUACAUGUGUUAGCUUAUCUGUGAUUCUCUCUGUUGAAAAAAAAACCUCAGUGGGGUUCAAGAGCAGCCACUGCCUUUGCUUCAGGUUUAGGUAUCUGCCAGAUUUGCUGUUCCUAGAAACAGUACUCACAAUGGCUACAGGCUUCCUAAGCCCCUGAUGGCAUGUGGUAUUUGCACUUGAGUUAUUUCUGGUAGAACACGGACUCUCAGUGAUGUACAUCUUACGGACAACCAGGAUGAAUGGGCUCCACUUGUUCUUGAGUCGGGUAGGAAAUGUCAGAUGGAGUGGGUUGGUUGUUUUGUUUGUUCUUUUGCUUUGUACUUUCAAAAGGAAGAGGUUGGCAACUUCCAGAAUGCUGCUUUCAAUUCCAAAAGGCAUUGCAAUAUAACGGGAAUUACUGUGUUUCUACAGUCUAGUGCAAUGUUUUAAACUGAGCAUUGCACUCUCUUUGUUGUUUUCACGGAAGCCCUUCUGUGGGUUUUUUGAUGACUCAUGUUGGAGGUGAUUUGUGGGACGAUAUGACAGGCAUCAGCUUCUUUAAAAACUAAGUCUGAAUUUGUCAAGCUGGAACGCGACCCCCUCCAUUGGCUUCUUUGAAGAAAGGGGAAUUUCUCUUUGAAAACCCAAUUUAUGAGUCAUAUGUACAGUAUUCAAAAUAACUUUAUAAUAUACAAAACAAUGACAUGAUCAAUUAAAGGUCCUCUUUGGAUUGUGGGUCACCAUAUUGUGGAUCCUAAACUUGCACAUUUUUCCUGGCACCACCUUUUUCAGAGCAAGAAACUGGUUGCUGUCAGUUUGCACAUAUAAAUGAAUGUGGAUGCAUCAACUGCAUGUGUUUGCAAAACUGCCCGAUUACUUCAUGGCUGUGCUAAGAAAAUAGAUGAAAAAAUAGCCAAGUUGGGCCGCAGCAUCUUAAUAGCAGGCUUGGAGGUGCAUCUUCUUCUGUCAUUGUGCAGAGAGCUAGUGAUUGGAGUGUAGGACUAGGGAGAUUGAGGUUCAAAUCCACAUUGAUCUGUGAAGUGACCAGUUGGUGUCUCUCAAUCCACAUUGUCCUGCAUUGAUAGUAGAAGUUGCACCUAUUUCAUGAUACAGGAACACCCAUCAAAGUUAGUGUUGGCAUUCCUUACAGUUGAGUGGUUCUUCUUUUUUAAAGAAGGUUGUAUUAUAGUUUAAAGUGGUAGUAUUGUGUUGACUGGUGGCAACACUGAUAAUCUAACUAAACUUCCCUUAAAGUGCUCAUAGAAUCAUGGAGCUGAAAGGGACUGCAGUGGGUAAAAUGGUCUCACUCCGUGUCCUGAAUCAAGAUAACCAAUGCCAAAAAAGCAUCCCGGGCCACUGUGUCGAUCAGUUUUGCAAUAUCACUGUCCAGUGAGAGAACCAGCCCAAGACUGCAUUGCAUAAGUCCAGUUCUGAACCUUGCAUAUGAUCUACACAUUCUGGCUUCUUGACAGUACUAAUCUAGUUGGCAAUUCAUUGGACAAAUCUCCCAAAUAUAAAUGAACUGCAAAACUAGAUCAAAAGAUUGGGAGAGUAAUAAAAGGUCGGAAACAAAAUCCUUUCAGCUGCUAUAUGUGCAAGCUCUCUUGCAUUCUCUCAAGCAGUCAGUGGGUUUAACUAGAUGAGUAUCUGAAAGGUUCCUUGCUGUCACUUCCAUAGGGAGUAGCUCCUUUUGGUAAAUGGCACGCGUAUGUUUCUAGUUGCUGUUGUCCCUUUUUCUUUUUUUAUAAAUGGAUGGUGGCUGCUGUCAUCUCUAAAUCUUCUGAUAGACAUUUGAAACAUCUAGUACUUUCCUUCUUCAAAGAACUACAUAUGACUAAAGUUUCAACGUUUCUGUGAAAUCUGAGGGUUGCAUGGUCGAGUGAAGUAUUGUCAUUAGAGUUUUCAGCAGGAGGAAAGAUUGGCACAAGAAGAGUCAUCCAGUGUAGAAACACGCAAAGCCGCUUUCCAGAGUCAUAGCUUUGGUCCAUCUUGUCUGAUGCCAUCUGCUCUGACUGACAGUGGCUCUUCAAGGACCCCAGAUUGUGCUACUUGACAUCUUUGUUUAACUGGAGAUGUGAAGGGUUGGAUGUGGGGCCUUCUGCAUUCAAAGCAUGUGCUCUAAGGUCACAUCCACACCAUGUAUUUAAAAGCAUGCUUAUACCCCGUUAACUGUCAUGGUUCCCACCAUAGAAUCCUGGGGGAACUGUAGGGUGCUGUAGGUUUGUUAAGGGUGCUGGGAAUUGUACCUCUGUGAGGGGUAAAUGACAGGAUUCUUUGGGGGAAGCCAUGACUGUUAAAAUGGUAUAAGUGUGCUUAAAGUGCAUGAUGUGAAUGCAACAUAAAACUUGAGCUCUAGUUCCUCCUUGCUUGCCUAUAAGACUUCUCUGCAUAGCCUUCUGACUGUGGUACCAUGUGCACAAAAUGGUACACUGUGUGUGUGUGUGUGUGUGUGUGUGUGUGUCCAGUGAGUGAGUACUGCUAUUACUCUUGUACUCACUGUCAUAUUAUUAACUCCAACAGUAUAUAUCUUUUUUUUGAUGGUGGUGGUUGGGUUUAAUUUCAGACAUCCCUUCCUACUCAAUAAGCCACUUGUCCUGUCAGAAUUGACAGCUCCAAUAAUUUGUUGGCACUUCUCACCCCUCACAUGUGAGGAUCUCUGAACUGGACCCAUGACUUUUCAUUUGGCACUAAUAUUCCUAAACAGUGCAUACAAUAAAUAGAGCAAAUAAUAUAAGCUGGAAAAAUGCAAGUGAUUUGCAGACCUUUCACUAUUAAUCCCUUCUCUCUUCUUGCUUAAUAUAUUUAAACGCUUCAACAUUGCUGGAUUUUCAAAUGCUGAAAUCGUAGAGUUCAGAUUUUGGGAGCUGACAAAAAUGGGGUUUAUUUAAACUAACUUUUUGGCUAGUGGCAAACACCUAAAAAAAGAAAAAAAAGCUCAGCCUGCUCUCUGAAACGUGCCCCACCCAGAAUUCAAACUUUGAAUUUUGAAACCUGAAUGGCAAGGCAUAGAAUUUUAAUUGUGCAAAUCAGAUUUCUGCAGGCAAAUUUAAAUUAGAAUAAGGGUUUUCCUAUUUUUGCCCAAACUCUUCUCAGUUUUAUUAUGAACUAUUUCUCUUUUUAAUCUGUGGGAUCUAUCUGUUUAAAUGUAAUAAUGCAAUCAGUACAGUAGACAAAGAAGCUUACAGGACAAAACACAAUUCACCAUUAUCCAGUGUUAAAACACACAGAUGCACACAAUAUUUUGGAAUGGUAGCUUCUAAUGCUGCAGUCCUAUUUACACUUAACUAGGAGUAGACCAUUGAAUGCAAUGGGACUUCUGAGUAGAGACAUGCAUAGGAUUACACUGUCAAUCUCUGACUGGUAUACUUGAGCCUGCUGCCUGUUUUAUCUCUCUUUGAUUUUUACAUUCUGCAACAGAACUACUUAAUACACUUGCAGCAAUUUGGAUAUAUUAUAAUGUUCAAUGCUGUGUUUCAAAUGUAUAUUUUAUGUAAACAUGGAAGGAAGUGGGCCAAAUUCUGUCUCAUUAGGGUGUAAUUUUUUUCUUCCUGCAGAGUAAAUCCACUUUGUUAUUUGUCAGCUUUUGGCCAAUAGACCUUGAGGCCUCUGCAUUGACUGUGCAAUGGGUGGGGGUGGGGGUGGGGAGAGGGGAAGAGAGAGUUUAUUUACUAUGUCACUAUGUGCAAUUUUGCUAACAAGAACCUUGUUGAAAAUCUUUUCAUUGGAUUUCUGUAAUAAUGAAUAUAUUAUACUCAUUCUUCUGUAUCUGACAUUGUUGCCCCAUAAAAGUGGUAUAAGGCUAUUUAUUAUGGGAUGCGAGGGGUUGGAUCCAGAGAACCAAGUGAAGGAAAGUAGCGACUUGCAUGUUGUACUUCAAGCACCAGCAGAAGAGUUUUCACAAUUCUAAAAGACAGAGGUUGUAUUGCUGUUUUCACACUUGCACAAAUUUUGCAAGUGAAAGAUCAUCUUUGGAUCUAGUUUUCCUUUGCUCAUAGGAUGCCCUAGUUCAGGGAUAGGAUAAUCUGAGGCCAUCCAGAUGUUGCUGGACUCUCAUCAGCUCCCUGGCCAGUUUGGCCAAUGGUCAGGGAUGAUGGGAGUUGUAGUCCAAUAACAACAACAAUAAUAAUAAUAACCCCUGGAGGUCCAUAGGUUUCCGAUUCCUACUGUAGUGAGACCUGUAGAAUAGACCUUCCAUGAACAAACACACUUUUCAUACAUGGAAGGGCUCCUUAACAUCCAUGUCCUAGUCUGGGGUAUGGAGCUGUCAACGUUAACCAAAUAUGGGCCCUACAAAUCACGUGCACUGUAUCAGAGCCCCCCCCACCCUGCUUUGUCCAUGUAUUUCAAAUGUUUCCAAAAGCAAUCCUGAAAAUAAUCAUAAUAAUUGAAAAAUGGGCUCCGAGCCUCCGACGCUGUUGCAUGUAUGAUGUUCUCAUACAGACAGUCUUUGUUAAAACUCACCAUAGAAUUAAUGUUUCUCUUUUCAGAGAUUUUUGUAUUGCUGUUCUAUAGCCUAUUUAAAAUGACGCAGGCGUCAUGCUGCUGCUGCUGCUGCUAAAACAGAAAUGAUGUUAACAAGCAUGCCAAAUGUUUACAAUGGCACUGCUACUUUUGUCAAAGAUAAUCUUUGUUCAGCUGUGGCUGCUUCCCUGUGUGUGGUUGAGUGUGCCUGUGGGUGGGUGAAUGUGCAGUGCACAUACCUCAACAUUAUACAAGCAGUAUCUAUAUACCUAUAGCUAUUUGCAUUGCUUGAGAGAAGCAAUGGACAGAGAGGCUAGACUUCUAGAGGAGUCUUAUGCUCUGACAGCGUUCUGGCAGGGAGAAUUUCACACCAUUUAUUGCACUAUUAUUCCACUUCAAACAGUCGUGGUUUCCCCCAAAGAAUCCUGGGAUGUGUCAUUUGUGAAUGGUUCUGGCGGUUGUUAGGAGACCCCUAUUCCCCUCAGAGGGCCACAGUUCCCAGAGUUCUCUGUGAAGAGGGAUUGACUGUUAAACUACUCUGUGAUUGUAACUCUGAGAAUAAGAGUCUCAUAACAACUCUCAGCACCCUUCACAAACUACACUUCCCAUGAUUCUUUGGGAGAAGUAAUGACUUUUUAAGGUGGAACAAUAGUGGAGUAAAUGUAUAGUGUGAGUGUGGCCUUGGCUUGUCUGCAGAGAUGGGAGAAGUGACAGUAGCAGAACUCUUUCCUGCUCUACAGGCCACAAACUCCUUCAAGUGUCGGCCUCUAAGUCACAAGGGAGAAGAACUGUUGAAUGAGAGAACUGCAUGGAUUUAUGUAUGUUUUAUUCUGAACAUUUAAUAAUGCACUAGAAGCAAAUUUGUUUUCUAUUCUUGAGGUUUAUGUUUUGAUACUUUAAUAAUAAAAAAGACUAAUA